AUGGCCACUCAACUCACUCCAUCCAAGCAGGCUGCGUCCUCCCUCGAGAACUUCAAGAUGAGCGACUCCCCCAUGAAGAAGCUGGACUUCCAGUCCACCGGCAAAGAGAACACUCCGACGGCGUUCCAGUCUGUCGACACCACUGUCACCAAGCCCAUGGAGAAGGCUGUGGAAACUCCCAAGGUUGCUCCGGGCAUCAAGGAGAUGGAGGCCCAUGAGCCUCUGCUUCAGGAGAACCCUCACCGUUUUGUCCUCUUCCCCAUCAAGUACCACGAGAUCUGGCAGAUGUACAAGAAGGCCGAGGCCUCCUUCUGGACCGCCGAGGAAAUUGAUCUCUCCAAGGAUCUGCACGACUGGCACAACCGUCUGAACGACGAUGAGCGCUACUUCAUCUCUCACGUCCUGGCUUUCUUCGCCGCUUCCGACGGCAUUGUCAACGAGAACCUGCUGGAGCGAUUCAGCGGUGAAGUCCAGGUCCCCGAAGCCCGCUGCUUCUACGGUUUCCAGAUCAUGAUGGAGAACAUCCACUCCGAGACAUACUCUCUACUCAUCGAUACCUACAUCAAGGAGCCCAAGCAGCGCACCUACCUCUUCGAUGCUAUUGACACCAUUCCCUGCAUCAAGCGUAAGGCCGAGUGGGCCAUGAAGUGGAUCUCCGACCGUGAGUCUACUUUCGCUCAGCGCCUGGUGGCCUUUGCUGCCGUCGAGGGUAUUUUCUUCUCUGGCUCCUUCGCCUCCAUCUUCUGGCUCAAGAAGCGUGGCCUCAUGCCCGGCCUGACCUUCUCCAACGAGCUGAUCUCUCGUGACGAGGGCCUGCACACCGACUUUGCCUGUCUUCUGUUCUCCCACCUGAACAACCGCCCUUCCAAGCAGGUUGUCGAGGACGUGAUUGUCGAGGCUGUCGGUAUCGAGCAGGAGUUCCUGACGGAUGCUCUGCCGUGCGCUCUUUUGGGAAUGAACUCCAAGCUGAUGUGCCAGUACAUCGAGUUUGUGGCUGACCGUCUCCUGGUUGCUCUCGGCAACAAGAAGUACUACAACGCCACCAACCCCUUCGACUUCAUGGAGUCCAUCUCACUGGCUGGCAAGACCAACUUCUUCGAGAAGCGUGUGGGCGACUACCAGAAGGCCGGUGUCAUGGCUUCUACCAAGAAGGACACCAGCGGCUCGGAAGGCGAGCAGGCUCCCAAGGAGAACAACGGCCUCAGCUUUGACGAGGACUUCUAG